CAACACUAGAAAGUCUACAUGAAAGAAGUAUAGACAAGAAAUCACUAAUAUCUAUGGUAGAUUGAACGUUUUGUAAUGGCGGAGGCAUUGUGAUUGUUUGUAGAAAGAAUUUGAGUUGCUGAUGUAAAAUAACCAAAAAGCAAACAUACUAAUAAGUUCUUUAAAACUAUAAAAGCGUGGUGAUUUUAUUUAGAAAAAUGUCUGAUACGAGUGAUCUAGACCGUCAAAUUGAGCAGCUGAAAAGAUGCGAGAUCAUAAUGGAGUCCGAGGUUAAGGCACUUUGUGCCAAGGCCCGCGAAAUUCUCGUCGAAGAGAGCAACGUUCAGCGGGUAGAUUCUCCUGUCACGGUGUGUGGUGACAUCCAUGGUCAAUUCUAUGAUCUGAAAGAACUGUUUAAAGUGGGUGGAGAUGUUCCUGAGACCAAUUAUUUGUUUAUGGGCGACUUCGUAGACAGAGGAUUCUAUUCUGUGGAGACAUUCUUAUUACUACUGGCUUUAAAGGUCCGUUACCCAGACCGCAUCACACUAAUCAGAGGCAACCAUGAGUCUAGACAGAUCACUCAGGUGUACGGCUUCUAUGACGAAUGUCUUAGGAAAUAUGGAUCUAUUACUGUGUGGAGGUAUUGCACUGAGAUUUUUGACUACCUCUCACUGUCAGCCAUCAUUGAUGGAAGAAUAUUCUGUGUGCACGGUGGGUUGAGCCCUUCAAUACAGACCCUUGACCAAAUCCGCACCAUUGACCGCAAGCAAGAGGUGCCCCAUGAUGGCCCAAUGUGUGACCUGCUCUGGAGCGACCCCGAAGAAUCUAUUUCAGAUACCCAAGGCUGGGGGGUAUCUCCUCGUGGUGCUGGGUAUCUGUUUGGGUCGGAUGUUGUAGCUCAGUUCAACGUAUCAAAUGACAUCGACAUGAUCUGCCGUGCACAUCAACUUGUAAUGGAAGGCUACAAGUGGCACUUCAAUGAGACUGUGCUUACUGUCUGGUCUGCUCCAAAUUACUGUUACAGGUGUGGAAAUGUGGCAGCAAUAUUAGAAUUGAACGAAAAUCUUCAGCGAGAGUUUACGAUAUUCGAGGCCGCGCCUCAGGAGUCUCGAGGUGUGCCCUCGAAGAAGCCGCAAGCCGACUAUUUCUUAUAAUGUUGCGUACAAUAGACAAUUGACACAUGAGCGAGCGACCCAUCUAGUAUUACGUACGGUUUUAUUGUAGUGACAAAACAUUUCAUGUGGAAAUAAUUUAAUUGUGAUCUUAAGACUGGUGUUGAAUUGUAAGUUGAAUGUGUUUAUUUUAAGUCAUUGAAUAUGUGUCUAACAUUUGCUGGCUUCCCGUUCGCAUCACGAGUUGACAGCGCCCUCGGAUCUCCCAAUUGCACCCAAGUAUUUGGUAUACUUAUGAGACAGUACACACCUUUCUACCAAUAUACCAAAAACUUCCAUGUAAGUGAGGUGGCGUUUUGAAGAUAUUUGGACUUAGAAUCAAUAGUUUAGUACAAACUUUCGCGUUCCACUACUGAAUGUGAGUUAAGUUAAAUCCUCUCAGGCAAAUAAUUUAUAAUGUAAUCUUGACUUAGUGUAAUGAAUCCUUUUUGUUACUUACAGGCAUUUCUUUUGAUUGUUAGUCCCUUACUAAACUAGAUGGCAUUUUACCAUUUUUAAUCUAUGCCAUUGAUUAAGUUAUUAUUGUAUUCAUUGUAUCAUUAUUAGGUGACCAGUUGAUAAAUCUUUAUUAAGUAUAUAAAAUAUGUAUUUAGUAUGCAUUCAUGUGACGAACAAGAGUAGGAUAAGCAGAGUGUUCAUUAUAAAAAGAAGCCAUGCUAAAACUGUUAGUAAAGUAAUGAUUCCGAAAACUCAUUACCAUGUUAUCAGAUAUAUUAUACAUUUAUAUAAACAUAUAUAUUUACCGAUCCUAGAUGUAUUUAUGCAACUUAAAAGCAAUUAAGAGUACCUGUAGACCUCCAGCGCUUACUGCUGCGCAUUGUCAUGUUAGAUCAGGCUCAUGAAAUGUGAUUUGUGAUGUCAUUGAACACUGCCGUUAAAUAUUAUAUAAUGUUUAAGGAGAUUAUAAAAUAUACUUAUAGUACGCCAGAGAUACACAUUUUCGUAAAGUAGACAUAUUGUUAUUGAUCUUUUCAUAUUGAUAUAGAGACUAGUUCAAAAUGCAGUUUUCUAAUAAAUCAUUAUAGCAUCAGACAUGUUACACUAAUAAAAUGAUUUUUGGUACUUGUAGACAAAUUUAAAGUUCUAGAAUACUAUUUAUAGCUGUUAAUGAAGCAUAUUUUUCAUACAUUUCAAUCAAUUUCUUGUUAAUUAUGAUACCAUUAUGGCAUUAUGCCGAAAAUACCAUAUUUUAGGAAUCCAAUUGACUAGUACUUGUAGAUGGAAGACAAAACAAAUUACAUUUUUACUUUAUAAUGUUAUUCUCUUAGGGAAUAUUCUGACGCCUAUUAUCAUUGUUACAUGGUUCAAUUAGAUAAAGAAUUAUUUAAAUAAAGAAAAGUAUUUUGUGAACAACGCUGAUUAAUUAGGUUAUACAAAGUGUGUGUAGCUAUGUGUGGACCGAGCGUCCCAAUGUACGGGCAUUAUCUAGCUAUAUUGAAUGUGCGUGGAUACGUGACGUUCAGCUUGCAUUUCUUGUUUCUAAAUUUCUAUUUCAUUAAAUUUUUGACAAAAUUUUGUAUGGCCAGAGUACAUUGGGACGCCUUCCAGGGCUUUAGUAAUAUUCUAAAAAGAAAACUAAAAUGUGAUCUCAAAUUGUUGUUCUUACUUUGUCAUUUACCUAUGACUGACUGAUGCAACAGAACCAAAUGCUCAUAAUCAAAUUAGUUUCCUUGUGUUCAGUUUAGAAAGUAGACAGAAAAUGUUACAUUCAGUCAUAAGCAAAUAACAUAAUUUAACUGUCCUACUCCUUUUAUCUUUACCUAUAAUUAUUUUGGGCUGUGUAACAAUCACUAAGUUCCCCCUACAAUUUAUUUAUCCUUAUCUAUAUCAAUUGUAAAUGAUUUGCUUAAAAUAUUAAUUGUACAUUCUAUAACCACUUUUGUAUCCCUACUUCUUUUAUACUAUUAAUUAUUAAAAUGAAAUGCCAUCAUA